AUGGCCUCCACCGGAGAAGCCAUCUAUAUGACACCCUACUCGCCCUACCCUUCUCAUCACCAGCAGGAUUUGGACCUGAACAUGAACAGCUCCUGCUGCCGUUACCUCUCAGCUUCACCAAGUCGCCAGUCACUUCGACGCCAGCGAUCCUCGUCGAUCCCUUCGAUUUGCUUUGACGGAUAUCUCGAGCACCUCCCCGUCGAGCCAAAGAAGAAACGCGAGUGCACCAGUUACUACAACAAUCACCCCCGCCGCCACUCUCGCGGCCCACGACGCACAAUGAGGUAUUCCCGAGACAGUCAACUCGUUAAUCCCGACGUCAUCGAUCGCCUGGAUAGUGCUGGCUUUUAUCAGUAUCAUCAUGAAGGACCAUACGAUGCAGUAUACCCGGAAAGGAAUUUCGACAGCAAGUUGAGCCCCGUCGAAGCCGUCAAAAGAACGAACGAGGAAGCUUUGAAGGCCACCCCCGAGAAUAAGAUUAAAGACAGCAUUAACAGUCAUCGUCCUCUCGAUGGGGUGGCUUUCUAUCCACCUGGUACUACGGAUAGGGAAGGACAAAUUUAUAACUACGAGGAGGGUACCAAUAUGAUGAACGACUAUGGUAACUUUAUGCGCUGCCCCGGCUUGAAAUUCACCGAAGAAGACUUCAAGAAUGAUCCUUUCUACAACACGCCACUUCCAAAGCCAUUCGCCUCCCUCAGAAGGGUACUAAGCCUGCGUCGCCGAAACCGCAGGAGUACCCAGUGAAUGAAUUCGACUUCUCCAUCUCCGAAGGUUAUUUAAGGAAUAUAUAAAGGGUUAAGAUUGAUAAAUAGGGCUAGGAUGUCAGGGAUUUGACAACACAAUAUGAUACCUCAUGUUUUGUUAUGUACUUCAGCAUCAUGCUGACCACGGAAUGGGCUGAUAUAUGGGGUUGUUCGGAGUUUUGGGCAUGGAGUUAUGGAUUGAUUAUCUUUCAUGUUGUUCGGCUUUCUGUAAUUAUAAAUGUCCGUCAAGAUCUCAACGUGCUUCCUCCUAUCCCCGUUGAACUUGAUCAUGGUCAUGAUUGGGCAUGUUUAAUGUUGUCCGAAUCUACUCCUGUACCCACUGCCCAUCAGAGAACCAACUGGACUUUACUUGCCUCUCGGAUGCAGCAUCACAAGUCCGAUCGAGUGCAAUUGAAUCAACUUACUUCUACCUCUCGGAUAUGAUAAUGAAUCCGAUAGAGGGACACUUUA